AUGGUUGCCAAGAACAUCUUUCGCCGGGAUGAUCACUUGGAAUCAUACGCUUGUCUCGUCAGGUGCUGUGGCAACGCGAAAUAUCUGAGCGAUGCUCGCAAGAUCCACGCUUUGAUCGAAGGAACCCAUUACAAGAACAACAUCUACAUCGUCCAAAUGUAUGGCAAAUGUGGGAGCUCUGGCGACGCACGCAGCGUGUUUGAUUCCCUUCGCACCCCCAACUCCUUUUCAUGGACAAUCCUGCUCCAAGCCCACAUUCACAACCAGCAGCUCCACGAGGCCAAGCGCGUUCUCGAUUCCAUGCCCGGGAAGAAUGUAGUGACUUGGAAUGCGCUUCUUUCGGCAAAUGCCAACAGCGGGCAAGUUCAUAAAGCCAGGCUUGUUUUCGAUCGAAUUCCAGAGUGGGACGUUUUUUGCAUGAAUGCUAUUGUCACUGGGUUUGCGAAAGCUGGAAUGAUCAGCCAGGCUAGAAACCAAUUUGAAAACAUGCCAGCGUGA